CUCCUUCCUACGUGUGUAGAGUCAGUCUUCUUCAAUCUCUCCGCUCUUUUCCUCUUUUGCGUCUAACCUUAGUUUCUCGAUCCUCCACCUUCUGCGAUCUCCUCCGGUCUCAACGAGAGUGUCGAAAUCGGAAACAGAGCUUUUUGAGGAUUGCGACCUAUUAUUCAGAUAUUUAAAACUUUUAAUGGAGGGAAAUUCUAAUCGGAAGCCUAACGAACAAGGCGGAGACUCAAUUGCUAGUAAUGCUACUAAUGAUUGGAGAUCACAGCAUCAACCUAAUCUUCGGAAACAGAGUCUUUUCGUAAUAGUGGAAAAGUUGAAGGAAUUUUUUCCUAACCAUGGUCAAACUGAGAUUAACAAAACAGCUGUAAAAUUCGAGGACGAUAACUAUCGCAUGGCAGCAAAUAAGGAUGAUUACAUUAUCAAGAUCGCAAAGACGCUUAAAAUGACUGAGGAAAAAAUCCGAAAGGCGCAAUCUAAUAAUCUCCAGUCUCGUUCUUUAGCAGUCAAUGGAACCGAUACUUCAGGUCCAGCAGCUCAAGUUCUGAAUCAAGGCCAGUCACUUCCCACCUCGUUGCCAUAUACUCAUACUCAAACAAGCCAACAAGUUUUACCUCAAAAGAUGCAGAGCACUUCUAGUUUCCCAACUCAGGUCCCUACAACCUUUGCCGCGGCUCAGAACGCAAACAUUCAAAUGGGUGAAGGAGCUCAUUCGAAUCUUGUUCCCGGUUCUCAACGACAGAUUCAAGGAAGGCAACAUCAUCUUCCUCAGCAGCAACAGUUGCCACAGGGUUCCAGCUACAUGUUCCAGAACCAAGUGGAGCAACAUCUUCCGAAAGAAAGCAUCCGUCAUGGGAAUCUGCGACCUCCGUACAUGCAGCAACAGGCUCAGCCUCCGCCGCAGCAGCAGCAGCAAAGUCUGUUAAAACAACCUAUUCAUCAGACAUCAUUUGCUAGUAUUCAGCAGUCCUUUCCUCAAUCUUCUGCUCUCUCUACUCUACCAUCAUCAGGCCAACAAAACUCUCAGUUCCUGCCAAGACAUCAGUACCCGACACAGCGGGUCCAUCCUAGUCAUCAACAGCAGAUGGCUGUACCGUCCCAGGAACAGAAACAGCAGCAUCUCAUUACUCAACUGAUGAAUAUUCAAGACACGCAGCAGAAUCAUGUAAGACCACGGCAAAACAACGGAGAGCAGCAACAAGGAGCUUUUAGGGUAUCCUCGUCCCAGAUUUCUAGCUUUCAAGCAGCAAUGCCACAACAGAGUAACAACCUCCAGAAUAUGCACCAAGAACAACGCUUUGUUUCUCACAGUUCGGCCUUGCCCUCACAACAGCAGCAAAAUAUUGGUAACUUUAAUGUUCCUGGAUCAAGUUUGUUGGGUACUCAAGGCCAAGAGGUGGGACAAUCUCAACCAAUGAUGCUACAACAGUACCAAACGCAACACCCCGUGCAGCAGCAGCAGCCGCAGCCUCAGAAUAGAAUCUUACAGCAACGUUUAGAUGAGACACAAAGGUUUCAAGCGGCAGGUUCUUUGCGCCAAACCCAAAACGUAGCAGACCAACAGAAUCAGCCAUAUCAAUUACAGAGAACCGCUCCGGCAAAUCCAUCUACAUCUCAAGAUUCUACAGGCAAGACGGUAAAUGUCAGUGGUGGGGACUGGCAGGAGGAGACUUAUCAGAAGAUAAAAGCACUGAAGGAGACGCAUAUAGCUCUUCUGUGUACAAUGCUCCAAAAAGUUACAGAGAAAUUGCGGCAGAUUGAUUCUCUUCCUCGAGAAAUGAUGCAAGGUGAGCCGACUGAAAAGCUAAGGGGGGUCAAAUCAACGCUGGAACAACUUAUUGUGUUCUUGAAUGUUCGUAGGAACGGUAUAACAGAGAAACACAGAGAUAGGUUUAGUAUGUUCGAGGAACAUGUUUUGAGGUUGACCAGGAGGACCGGGACUCAAAGGCCAACAACGCAGCAGCAACAAGGGCAAUUACAAUCCCAAAAUGGUCAAGUCCAUGUCUCGCAGUCUCUUGACAACGAUCAAAUGCACUCACGGUUGAUGCCAAGUCACCACCAAAACGUGGCCUCGUCUUCAUUAUCCGGCCUCACGACAUCACAGACGGCAAUGCCACAUUCGUUGCAGACAAUGCCUAAGAUGGAAACUAGAGAUGAGAAUGUGGUGUUACCUUCUCUUAAACAGAACCCUGCAAGUCAUCCACAGACCGUACACUUAAACAUCAGUUCGAUUCAGUCUAGUCUGUCUCAGCAGCAGCAGCCACGCCAGGUGCAACCACAGCUACUGAAAAGGAAGCAGCAUCAACAACAGUUGGAACAACCGAAUCAGCAGAUUCAAACAAAUGAGACGAAUGAUGCGAGGAUUAAGCAGGGGAUCAACGUUAAAGCCGGUUUGCUUCAGCAGCAUCUCUCGUCGAGUCAGCUUACAAAGCCAAUGGCUUCUCCGGGUUGUAUGUCUAACUCUUCUCCUGCAACCGUUAGCAGAAACGGAACCACAUCACUGUACGGUGGCUCGCCUUUUGUUACGCCUUCCCCUGUGACUUCCUUUGCUCCGUCGUCUCCGGUUCACGGCGAUCCUGAGAAACCUAUAGCCGUUGAGUCUCCCGUUUCGCGUUCUUGCCAAUUCCAAACAGCAGUUGAGGAGCGUCCUCCGUUUACUGUACCUCCUCAGCCAAUCACAGAGCGGCCUAUUGAUCGUCUGAUCAAAGCGUUUCAAUCAUCGUCAGAAAGAUCAUUGGCACAAUCUUUGAGUGAGAUGAGCUCGGUCAUCAGUUUGUCUGACAUGCUUUCGGGAUCGGUACACUCCAUUGGAGGGUCUAGAGCCGGUGUAGCCGAGGAUCUGAGUGCGAGGACACAGUUCCGUCUGCAGCAAGGAGAAGCAAAUCCGACCAAGAGACUUAAGCGCUCAAUAUGCGCUCUGCCUCUAGACAUCGCAUCACAAAACGAUAGCUAUAAACAGUUCAGUAGCCUUGAAUCUGAAGUUGAUUCCACCGCAUCAUCUGGCUCGAAAGUUAACAAGGUUGAGCCUGGUUUUGCCCUCCUGCAAGAAAUCAAAGAAACCAAUGGGAGACUUGUGGAGACAGUGGUGAAUAUACGCAAUGAAGAUGUUUAUCCAAGUGAAGUUACUUCAGGAACAAUCGUCACGUGUUCUUAUUCCCCUGUGGCUCUCAGUGCCACAUUCGAAGCUCAUUACAAGUCAGGACAAAUCUCGCAGAUUCAGCCGUUACGCUUACUAGUUCCUGCGGAUUACCCAAACUCCCCGAUUUUUCUUCAGGAGAAAAUCCCCUUUGAGCCUAGUGUACACGAGCAUGAGGAUCUAUCAGCGAGAGCCAGAUCGAGGUUCAGUUUGUCCAUGAAGGAGUUUUCAGCACCGAUGUCACUUAAAGAGAUAGCUCAAGCUUGGGAUGCUUGUGCGAGAGCGACAAUGGCUGAGUAUGCAGAUAGGCACGGUGGAGGAACUUUCAGCUCCAAGUACGGUCAUUGGGAGACUCUUCUAAGAGCUUCAUGAGCCCUAAAUACUUCUUUUCUCAGCUGUGUCAUACACUCGCUCGCGCUGGAGAUUUUGCACAGAUGUGAAACUUAACAGAUGGAAAUCUUUUAGUCCAAGUUAGGUUUUUUAUAAGUGUGACUGAUUAUGUCUUCUUCUUGUAUACAUAUUUUUUUUACAGUCAUUGUUUCAAAAUUGAUUUAAUAAUAAAAUAUCUUGAAAUGUCUAGUCGCAAAGCCUUUUUAU